AUGACUAUUUCAAUCCAAACCACUGGGAAAGAGAGCGACCAUACUACUGUGCCCCAGCACGAUGCCCAUAAAGACAAUGCAGCACCAAAGGUUCGCUUGUCUCAUCCAGCCAACCUGCCUGGUGUUGCACCGGAAAAGCUGGAAGCUCACGCACUAUCUGCCUGGGCGCUUUUGUUGCACUUUUACAACCGUCAGGACAAUGUGGCCUUCUUGUUUCUUCGGAAUGAAGCACAACAAGAGGAUACAUCCACAACAAAGUCCAUCGCGUCGCACCAAGUGUCAUACGACAUCCAUGAGGACAAGACCCUGCAAGAGCUUCUGGACUCCCUGUCAAAUGUGAAUAAGGCCACGAGUCCGGAGAGUCAGCAGUCGAUGUCUGCGGUAUACAUCGACCAGAGUGAGGAUACACCCCUGGAGGAAGUCGUCGCGGAGCAUAAGAAUCAAAUGAUAGCCAGUCUUCAUCCGACGAAGAUGGAAGUGACUGCUCGGAUAUACUCCCAUGCCCGCGAGCCAUCAGCCGAUCUGUCAGCCGUUGUUGAAGCGUAUAAGAACAUAUGGAAGGCGAUGACAGACAUGCCCUCUUCGAAGAUAGCCCACCUCAAUCUUGCCACAGAAUAUGAUAUAAAACAAUUCAAAAAGUGGCACGCGGACCUGACCCCGAGAUCACCGGAAACAAUCCAUGGAUUGAUCAAUCGAUACUACCGAUCAAGCCCUGGGGACAUUGCGAUACGCAGCACCACUGAAAAACUUACAUUCCAGCAGCUUGGCGAGAUGUCUGCGGCAAUUGCCCACGAGCUAGCGGCCAAAGGCAUCAAGCCAGGCAGCAGAGUCGCAGUCUACCUGGAAAAGUCCGCAUGGGCGAUUGUAGUCAUCAUAGGUGUCCUGCGUGCAGGAGCAGCUUUAAUUCCGCUCGAUGCAUCAUGUCCGGGGGACCGACUGGCCUAUAUUGCCCAGAAAACGGAAAUCCAAGCAUUGAUCACCCAGACAAAGCUCACCGACAUAAUCAGCGAGUCCAUUCGUCAGAACAUCGAGAUCAUCACACUCUCCAGCCUAAUGCAGCUACAAGCUCCAGAGGGCUGGCACACGGAGACAGCCAACGACCCUUGGCAGGUUGCAUAUAUCAUGUUCACGUCCGGAAGUACAGGUAAGCCCAAAGGCGUGGUGCACAUACACCAAGCAGUCGCUGGAGGCUUGCAAGAUGUUACCGAGGCCUUGCACAUGGGCUCGGAUACACCCCAGCUGCAAUAUGCAUCGUUUUCAUUUGAUGCCAGCAUUCUGGAGAUUUUUGGGCCUUUGAUUGUUGGGGGGACUGUUUGUGUUCCAUCGCCGGAAGAAAAGGUAGAGGACCUGCAAUCAGUCAUGCGCAAGCUCGAAGUCACAGAUGCCACUUUGACUCCAGCAGUGGUCGCUCAGCUCGAGCCAGCAAGCUUGCCUUCGCUCAGAGAAAUUUCCAUCGGAGGCGAUGCGCCAAGCUCAAACAUUCUUCGCAAUUGGUCUCGACACGUCACGCUCAAUAACCUAUACGGCACCACAGAAACAUCCGUGUGGGAUACGAUCAAGACCGGCAUGAAGUCAGGCGAUCACCCUCAGAGUAUUGGGAGAGGCAUCCGAGCCAAUUGCUGGGUUGUGGAUCCAGACAACGUGGAAAGGUUACUCCCCAUCGGCGCUAUAGGCGAGCUACUCAUACAGUCUCCAUAUAUCGGGAAGGGUUACCUGGACGAACCAGACCAGACUUCAUCAGCAUUCAUUGAAACUCCGAAGUGGUAUGCUCACUUCCAAGACACCGCAGGGUUUCCAAUGUAUAGAACCGGUGAUCUUGCUAAGCUCGAUGCUGAGGGCGAUGCCAUCUUUAUUGGUCGCGAGAGCGGCUUCGUUAAAAUCCGCGGCAUGCGUGUUGAGCUGACUGAGAUCGAGAGAGUCAUUGAAUCCGUGAUUGCUCCGCGUAAAGCUGCAGUCGUCCUGGCCAGCGUUGACGGGAAAGAAGAGAAUCAGGAGAUUAUGGCUUACGUCGAGACUCCGCACGAUAUCAUUCCGUCGUUGGCUGACGACAUGCAUGCGGCACUGAAAGGACAAUUGCCUUCGUAUAUGAUACCCACGGUUUUUAUACCCAUCGGGUCAAUCCCAUUGACUGAGUCGAAAAAGAAGGAUAGACAGCUGGAUAUCCUCGACGAGCUAAAGCAUAUCCUACCGCAAAUAAACUUGGCGCCUCACCACACCAAGAAGACCAUAUUUGUGACAUCAAUUACCGGGUUCCUUGGAAGUCAAGUGCUGCGCUGUCUACUAGCGGAUCCCAAUGUCGGACAUAUCAUAGGGUUAGUCCGGGCAAAAGAGAUAUCCGAAGCCGAGCAAAAGAUCCAAUAUCAUGCUGAGAUCGGUGACUGGUGGACGGGAAGUCUGGACCCGCGUGUUGAGAUCUGGCUUGGAGAUUUGAGCAAGAAAAAACUGGGGCUGUCUGCAGAAAAAUGGAAGUGCCUCACUGGAGAGUUGAGCGAGACGCGAAUUGAUGGCAUUAUCCACAGCGGAGCGAGAGUCAACUGGCUUGACUCUUAUGAGAGUCUCCGACCGACUAAUGUCGACAGUACCGUGGAGGUUCUUUCUGCUGUGGCGAUGCGAUCCAGCCCAUGUGCUCUGACCUAUGUUUCAGGCGGGUAUCUUCCAGCAGCGGAUGAAUCGAAAAAAGACAUCGCGAGGAAGCUUGAGCAUGCCAGUGGAUAUGAUCAGACCAAGAUGUUGUCGAGGCUGUUAGUGGAGCAGUACAACGACAACGUCUACAGGCUGGAGGACCCAUAUCUUCCAACCGCGCAGACGAUUCAACCCGGCUAUAUUGUUGGAACCAGGACCGAGGGUGUCGCUCAUACGGAGGACUUUCUGUGGCGGCUUGCGUCCAGCAUUCUCAGUCUUGGCGCGAUCAGCGAGGAUUUGACCGACGCGCACAUUCCUGUAGCUGGUGUUGAUCAGAUUGCACGAUUGGUAGUCGAGAGCACAACUAGAAGGGCACCCCAGUCUAAAAGUGACGUCGACUGCUGGGAUGGGCUCACGCUAGGUGAGCUGUGUGCGGUACUGCAGCGGGAGACGGGGAUUACGGUGAAGACCAUGCUACACGACGAGUGGAUGCGCGCACUAAGCUCAGACGUCAGUUCUAGAUCCGACCAUCCAUUUCUUCCUGUGCUGCAGUGGUUUGAAGACAACCAGUGGCAGUUUGCGAGCAAUGUGGUGGAUGGUUCUCAUGAGCCAGUCUUUGAGCGGGAGGAGAUUGUGGAGGCCAUUGUCAGAAGUGUAUCAUAUUUGGUUGAGAUAGGAUUCCUGCCUUGCAAAUACAAGAGAGAGGAGCCAGAAGGCUGUGGAAAAAUGCCGAUAUUCAAGAGAAGUAACUAGAUUAGAGACAGAGGAGGACGAGAGUCGAACAGAAUAAUGAUUGUUGAUAAGGCAUGACCGAGUAAGAGUGAG